AAUAAAAAGCCACAUAAGAAAAGCUGGUAAACGAUCGUGGAUAAGUGAAACUGAAGCAGAAAUUUUCACUGGAGAAAUUUACAGGAAAACGGCAUUAUAGACUCGGUGUGAAGUUAUAAAAUAUAUAAAGUAGUUUAUUUUUUAAAAGGAUAUUAGGCAGGUGAAGAGAAUAUCCAAUUCUCAGUUCUUUGGCGUCGCGGGUAAACACUGCGACUGGCAAGCAAAAAUACGACGAAAAAAAAAUGGCUUGUGCAGCACCAAGUACUGGCAAAGAAUCGACGACAGCGCUGAAUGGUUCAAGUGGAAAUAGUGGAGUAAUAGGAGCAGGUAGUGUUGGAAAUCCUAAUACUGUCGGUGCCGCAGGAUUGGUUAAUAGUGGGGGCGGUAGCAGUUCAGUGACAAGUGCAGCAGCAGGUGUUGGUGUCGCUGGGAGUGCGGGUGGAGGGGCUGGUGGCGGUGGUAGCAGCGGUGUUGGAGGAAAUGGUGGCGUUGCAGGAGCUAGCGGUUCAACCAGCGGUGCAACGGGUAAUUCUAAUGCUAAUCGGCAGGCGCGUUUCGCAAUGGAAGGUGUUGGGGCACGCGUAAUACGUGGCCCAGAUUGGAAGUGGGGCAAGCAGGAUGGCGGCGAGGGUCACGUCGGCACCGUACGCAACUUUGAAUCUUCCGAGGAGGUUGUUGUCGUUUGGGAUAAUGGCACUGCCGCCAAUUAUCGCUGUGCCGGUGCCUAUGAUUUACGUAUACUGGACAGCGCACCGACUGGAAUCAAGCACGAUGGCACAAUGUGUGAUACAUGCCGGCAGCAACCAAUUUUUGGCAUACGCUGGAAGUGCGCCGAAUGUAUUAACUACGAUCUUUGCUCGAUAUGCUAUCAUGGCGAUAAGCAUCACUUGCGUCACCGGUUCUAUCGCAUUGCCACACCAGGUGGAGAACGCAUUAUGUUGGAGCCACGGCGUAAAUCGAAGAAGGUAGCGGUACGCGGCAUAUUUCCGGGUGCACGUGUAGUGCGUGGUGUCGACUGGCAGUGGGAGGAUCAGGAUGGUGGCGUCGGACGUCGCGGCAAAGUGAAUGAGAUACAGGAUUGGUCUUCGGCGUCACCCCGUUCUGCGGCCUAUGUUGUGUGGGAUAAUGGAGCAAAGAAUUUGUAUCGCGUGGGUUUCGAAGGCAUGGCUGAUUUAAAGGUUGUAAAUGAUGCUAAAGGCAAUACGGUGUAUCGCGACCACUUACCAUUGCUGGGCGAAAAUGGACCCGGUAAGGGACCUCAUGGUUUUCAGAUUGGCGAUAAAGUUACUGUUGAUUUGGAUUUGGAAAUUGUACAGUCGCUACAACAUGGUCACGGCGGGUGGACAGAUGGCAUGUUUGAAUGCCUCAACAAUCCAGGCAUAGUGGUGGGAAUCGAUGAGGACCAUGAUAUUGUGGUCGCUUAUAAUUCGGGCAAUCGUUGGACUUUCAAUCCGGCGGUAUUGACUAAAGUAUCAUCGCCAACAACUGCACCACCAGAAUUUCAAGUCGGUGAUAUUGUGAAGAUAUGCUCCGAUGUGGAGAGUAUUAAAAUGCUGCAACGCGGACAUGGUGAAUGGGCAGAUGCAAUGCAAUUGACUCUUGGCAAGUUGGGUCGCGUACAGCAAGUUUAUCACGACAACGAUUUGAAGGUCGAGGUAGGUAACACCUCCUGGACUUAUAAUCCGCUGGCAGUCACUAAAGUGGCUUCUGCCUCUGCUGAUGGCAGCUGCGUGCCGGUCAUUUCAAGUGGGGAGCGUUUGUCUGCUAUUUUAAAGAAACUUUUUGAACCAAAUGUAUCGGGUGAUGCUACCGAGGAGUUCGUCAAAGCAGCAGCUAAUGGCUAUGCUGCCCGCUGCGAAGAGUAUCUUUCAGGCGCUGUACAGCCAGCUACUUCAGCCGCUGCUGGUGGUGGCACAGCUACCGCCGGUGGUGUUGCUACCGGUGCGCCAGUUACCGUACCGGAUGUAAAUGGCGUAUUCGCCGGCCACACUGCCCUGCAGGCAGCCAGUCAAAAUGGACACACCGAUGUCAUACAAGUGUUGUUACGUCACAAUGUAGAUGUCGAAAUCGAAGAUAAAGAUGGUGAUCGUGCUGUGCACCAUGCUGCUUUUGGUGAUGAACCUGCCGUUAUUGAAAUACUCUCUAAGGCAGGCGCUGAUUUAAAUGCUCGUAAUAAGCGGCGGCAGACGGCACUUCACAUCGCCGUCAAUAAAGGCCACUUAAAUGUGGUGAAAACCUUACUGUCGCUGGGUUGUCAUCCCAGCUUGCAGGACUCGGAGGGCGACACCCCACUGCAUGAUGCUAUUUCGAAAGAGCAUGAUGAGAUGCUUUCCCUGUUGCUCGACUAUGGAGCCGACAUUACGCUAACCAACAACAAUGGCUUCAAUGCUCUGCAUCAUGCUGCGCUCAAGGGCAAUCCGAGCGCGAUGAAAAUACUACUUACGAAAACCAAUCGUCCUUGGAUUGUGGAGGAGAAAAAGGAUGAUGGCUAUACUGCCUUGCAUUUGGCGGCGCUGAAUAAUCACGUCGAAAUUGCUGAGCUGCUCGUACACAUGGGCAAGGCCAACAUGGAUCGGCAGAAUGUGAAUCUGCAGACUGCUCUCCACUUGGCAGUUGAACGUCAGCAUGUGCAAAUUGUUAAGCUGCUCGUGCAGGAAGGCGCAAAUUUAAACAUUCCCGACAAGGAUGGCGAUACGCCAUUGCAUGAAGCAUUGCGCCACCACACGCUCUCGCAGCUGAAGCAGUUGCAGGAUGUGGAAGGCUUUGGCAAACUUUUAAUGGGAUUGCGUAAUCCGAACAAUAAAAAGGCUUCAGCUUCUAUUGCGUGCUUCCUAGCGGCAAAUGGUGCUGAUUUGACAUUGAAAAAUCGCAAGCUACAAACACCACUUGACUUGUGUCCCGAUCCGAACCUUUGCAAAACUCUCGUAAAGUGUUACAAUGAACGGAAGACCGAUGACUCGGAAUUGCCAGGCAAUGUAGCCGGCACUAGCUUGAACGCACGUGCACGCGCGCUCGCUACACCAGUUGGUGCGGGUGCCGGUGUAGGCGUAAACAGUGGUGGGGCUUUAAAUACCUUGCCAGUGGUCGCUGGUGCUGGUGGUAGUGUAGGUGUAGCUACCAUUUCCGGUGGUAUGCAUCACUCGACAUCGACUAAUCUACCACUAAGUACAGUGAUAAAGGGUGGAAGUGGGCCCGCUGGGAUGGCUGGCGUUGGUGGAGAUGUGCGCAAUAGUAAUGCAAGUGGUGGCGUAGGCGCCGGAGGCGGUUUGAAUAGCCUGGCUAAAGACCUAUCACAAUCGCUGCAUGUUGCCAAUGAUGCUGUGAAACAGUCUACCUUGGAGGAGUGCCUUGUAUGCUCGGAUGCCAAACGCGAUACGGUCUUUAAGCCAUGCGGUCACGUUUGCUGCUGUGAUACUUGUGCACCACGCGUCAAGAAGUGUCUUAUUUGCCGGGAAACAGUCUCAUCGCGCGAGAAAAUCGACGAGUGUUUGGUUUGCUCGGAUCGACGUGCUUCCAUAUUCUUCCGCCCUUGUGGUCAUAUGGUGGCUUGCGAAAAUUGCUCUGGACUAAUGAAAAAGUGUGUGCUGUGUCGCACACAAAUUGAAGAAAUUUUGCCGUUUUCUUUGUGCUGCGGUGGCGCUGGCAUUGUUGAAAAGGUUCAUGGCGUUGGCCACUGCUUUACCGACGAUAAGUCUAAGGAAGUGCAUUGUGUCAAUACUUCUGGACAUGGUGUAGCUAUGAAUAAUACUAUGCCUGGAGCUAUGAGUACACCCAUAGCUAGCGCAAAUCAGUUGAAUAGCCAGAAUAAUAUUUUGGCUAACAAUGCUGCAGCGGCUGCAACAGCUGCUUCCAGCGUUUUAUUAGCACCAUCCAAUGUGAAUAACUUUCAAAUGGACGACGUGCAGAAACUUAAGCAGCAGUUACAAGAUAUUAAGGAGCAGACAAUGUGCCCCGUUUGUUUUGAUCGCAUCAAGAAUAUGGUAUUCCUUUGUGGUCAUGGUACUUGCCAAAUGUGUGGCGAUCAAAUUGAUGGCUGUCCGAUCUGUCGCAAAACUGUGGAGAAACGUAUUCUGUUGUUUUAAAAGCCAAGCGCCACAGCUAUUAUCAAAUAUGUAUAUCAACAUUGCAAUCUCCAUUCGAAAUUACUAUCCAUAUCUACUUAGCGACUAUUACUGUAAACCUAGCGCUUUUA